CGGGAGGACGUACCCCGGAAGCAGUUCAUUGGCCUGUGACACGUAGCAACAGGGCCACUGCGGGUUCUGGAACUGAGUUUGGGGGUGUUACUAGGGGCCUCCGGAGCUGCAGCCGCCGCCGCUGGAGCGUUUGAUCGUUUGCCAUGUCAGGCUUUGAUAACUUAAACAGCGGUUUCUACCAGACAAGUUACAGCAUCGACGAGCAAUCUCAGCCGUCCUAUGACUAUGCAGGGAGUGGAGGACCCUACAGCAAGCAGUAUGCUGGCUAUGACUACUCGCAGCAAGGCCGAUUUGUCCCUCCAGACAUGAUGCAGCCACAGCAGACAUACACUGGGCAGAUUUACCAGCCAACGCAGGCCUAUCCCCCUUCAGCUACACCUCAGUCAUUCUAUGGAGACAGCUUUGAGGAGGAGCCACCUUUGUUAGAAGAGUUGGGCAUCAAUUUUGACCACAUCUGGCAAAAAACACUAACGGUGCUACAUCCUCUGAGGGCGGCUGACGGCAGCAUCAUGAACGAGACUGACUUGGCAGGGCCAGUGGUAUUCUGCCUCGCCUUUGGGGCUACGCUGUUACUGGCUGGCAAAAUUCAGUUUGGCUAUGUAUAUGGCAUCAGUGCAAUUGGGUGCUUAGGAAUGUUUUGUUUGUUAAAUUUAAUGAGUAUGACAGGUGUCUCAUUUGGUUGUGUGGCAAGUGUCUUGGGGUACUGUCUUCUUCCCAUGAUCCUGCUGUCCAGCUUUGCAGUUGUAUUUUCUUUACAAGGAAUGGUAGGAAUUCUUCUCACUGCCACGAUCAUUGGAUGGUGUAGUUUUUCUGCUUCCAAAAUUUUUAUUUCUGCAUUAGCCAUGGAUGGACAACAACUGUUAGUGGCAUAUCCUUGUGCUUUGUUGUAUGGCGUCUUUGCCCUGAUCUCCGUCUUUUGAACUGAUCUUGUCUGGGAUAUGGAUAUCCAUGGGCUGAAUUCACAAAAAGGACCUUGGACUCUUCAAAUUGGACCAGCAAACUACUACAGUGCAGCUCAUGUCGCUUCCCAGUAGCCUGGAAGCAACAAAAGUAGACGACUCUUUGUUCAUUUGUACGGGA